AGACAACAUCGCAGUGUGCUGAAGUAUUCUUGUCAAGUAGGCUUCAAUUAAUCUAGAAAAUGCAAUGAAAUAGCGUUACAAAAUGGGUAAAAAAGGUGGUAAAAAGAAAGGGAAGGGCAAAAAGUCCGGGGGAGGGAAAAAAGGCAAGAAAAGCGGCCAGCGCGAGGAUGAAAUGACACUUCAAGAAGCCGUUUUGGCUUUUCAAAUUCAAGUCAAAGAGAAGGCAGUCGAGGACCUUAUGUUUGAAAUUAAAGGUCUUCAAGAGAAAAAUAAAAGGCAUCAAGCCAGAAAUACAAGGCUUAAGGAAGAACAAGACAUACAUAUUAAAGUUCUUUUGCGUCAAGCUAAAGAACAAGAGACAGAACAAGAUAGCAAGGAGUCUUUUACUUGUGAACAUGUCGAAAAAGCAAUGCGACAGGUUUGGUGGUUGAGCCGCACCGAAGAGCAGCAGCUUAAGAACUUGGAAACAAAAAUCAAUGGGAUUGAUAAAGAGUAUUCAAACGUUUGGGAACAAGUUGAAAUGUGGAGAGCGUACCGUGAUUCUGGGGCAAAACAACACGCUGAUCAAAUCCAAAUUUUAGAACUUGAGUUGGAAGACAUGAAAAGAAGUUUCGAAGAUAUUUGUGCACAUUUGAAACGUCAACUUGAUAAUGCAAAAUCGGAAGUUAAGUCGUAUAUGGAUCAAUGUAUGGCUGAACAGCAACAUCUUGCUUCCGAAAAAGCAAUGGAACAAAUGGACAAAAUUGGAGUACAGGAAAUACAUGAAAAUGAGUGGCUGAAAACAGAGGCUGAAAUUCACAGAAAAGAGGUCGCGUCGUUGUACUCCAUUGUCGAAACUUUAGAGCACGAAAACAUACAAUUAAUUUGUGAACUUAUAGACUGCCAAGCUGAAGAUUUAAAAAUUUCACGGACUUUUGCAAAUGUGGGGUUUGAAGGGGAAGAAACAGAUGCAAUGGACCGGAAACAAAUGUCAAUAUAUGAACCGGGAUAUAAAAGUCCCACUGGAACACCGACACGUCGUGCGAUCACUCCGGGAAAAGAAAGGCCACGGAGCGCUAUGCAAGCCGCGAUAGAGGAUAGAGUGUUUUCUAUCAAAUUCGCUGAUGAUUCAUCUGAGGGAGAAGAGAGUGAAGAUGAGGAAAAUAAAUUGGCACUGCAUGUAGAUGAUGAAGAUAAUAUUUUGUCACAGCAAGAAUACCUUCACCUAGGGCCAUUAGAACUCAAACUUCUUUGUGUACGAGGAGAACCAAAACCAAUACAUGAAAUUGACGCUGGCAUACAAAUUGUCGAUGGAACAUCUUCUGAUUUAACUGUGACUCGCCCAAGAUGGCCAGUUUCUCCACCUAUGAUACGAAAAGCAGUUGAAACACCGUAAUUGAAUUUAGUAUCACUUUUAGGAUCAGGGGGAAUUAAAUUGAACAGUUUGCAAUAGUAAAAUUGCAAUGUCACAUUAUAAAAACACCAUGGUGCUCCUGAUAAUUGUGCCUCCUGUUUUAGUAAUAAUUAAUGAAAUAGAAAAAUCAAAAAUAACUAUUUUUAAAUUUUUAUGUUGAACCCAAUUUGUAAUCUGAUAUUGACAACAAGGUUAUGCUUUGGAACCCUAAACUACUCAGUUAUUAUCUAUGUAUAAAACUCGGAACUGGACGAAUUUUCAAUUUAGGUAUUGCUUUUCCAUACCUAAUUGAUAUAAAAUCUCAACAGCUUUUCAAGCUCGUUCUUUGUUAGCCUGAAAAGCCUGUUUUUACUAAAUUUAUUGAAGUUUUCUGCAAUUUUUUUAGGCUAGGCAACAAGAGCAAUAGCAUAUUUUGUAUAUUAUGAUGCUACUCUUCAAGCCGGUACUACCUAACAUUGAAUAGAGCAGCUACUAUCACCCCCCUUUUUGUAAAAAUGUAAUACGUUCGUUUAAGUGAACAUGUUUUUUAAUAUCCAUAAUAUAAAUUUGAAUCUUUUCUUCAUAAGCAAUUAUUAGUGAUAUGUUGUGCGGCAAUGUUGCAAGCUGACUAUUAUUCGUUCUUGUACUGCUGCAUCUUUAUGUGACCUGUGCCACAAGGAUGCUUAAAUGAGAUGAAGCAGUAAGCUUCUAGCAACUAAAGAGCAGAAUAUAAUCCCACAUAAUAAAAGUUUUACUAAUUUUUCUCCAAAACAUAGCAUAGUUUAUUUAUCACCAUUAAAAGAAAUUUUUCUUCAGGUUCAAUGGUGGCUUUGAUUUUCAAGUAAAUGAAGUAAUUCAGCAUACAAAUUUGGCAAGACCCAUAGUGUGUGUACCAGAUUAAGCCAUAAUUUUAUUCUGAUUUUAGUUCUAUUACGAGUUCAGGUACUGUCUGUGUUAGGCAAGUGGAUAUCCCCCUGUCCAUAGGUUUCAGUCUCUUUACACAACUUGAUGUAAAGUUGACGAACAAAAUUAGUUACCUCCAUAAUGGUACACACACUUUUGAAGCACCCAAAAUUUUUAUGCCAGUUCAGUUUUCGUAUGUUGGCACUAAAUUCUGCAACAAACCAGCAAAUAUCGGAGAUUGUGGGAUUAUUUGUUCCCUAUUUGCAAGAGUGUUCACCUUUUAUAGUUGACUAUUUGAGAAUUUUCUAAAGCUUUUCUAACUUUAAUGGCAAUGUGUUGAUAAGUACCCUGCUUAUUGAUAUUAUCUUUAUCUGUUACGAGCAUAGCAUAACAUCCUAGCAAAUAUAUUCAUCUUCUUUGUAAAGUAAUAGCUAGUUAUAUAUUAAUAUCUGCUUGUCUAGAGCAGUGGUUCCCAAACCGUGGGCCAAUUACAGCCCGUGAGCCAAGCAUAAUGGUUUAAUACGACUUGCCCAACUAAAGUGAAAUAGUUCAACACUUUAUGUCUUUAACCUUUUCGCGUUCUAUAUUCUGCCAAUUGUUAUAUCAUCAUCACAGUGUAAGCACGUGUAUAUCCAUACCAAUUCUAUUAUACCAGUAUCUUAAUUAUACGACCGGUAUUGGCCCCUUGCGAGCUCUCCCUUUUCCCGGCCCGCGAAUGUCCUUCUGCUUCUAAUUCUGUCUGCUCGUCAAUCAACUUUGGGAACCACUGGUCUGAAGCCUUAUUUGAAGCUCAUAAAAGAUUGUACCGGUAAAUGUACCAGAUUUGUGCAUUCGUAUUUUUCAAAAUGUGCCCAUUACUUCUAAAAGACUUUCAUUUACAUUUUCUUAAAUGUAUGUCCCUUUUUAUUGCACUUUCAGUUUAACUAUGCUUUUCAUAUAGAUUACCACUUUUUCUGUGUUUUUUUCUCACGUGUCAUAACCGUAUAAUAUAACCACAAUUUCGUUCA